GGACACCAACGGACAUCACUCUUUCUGAUAUCCAGCGAGCUAAAGCAGCUGUCAAACAUUUGCUACUUCAUAAACUGCAUCGACAAGCGCAAAAUACAGCUUAUUGACGCGCGUGAGCAUCUGCAUCGUCAAGAAUUUCUGCAGGACAUCGAUCCGGGUGUGCUUCAAACAGAAUUAGCCAAAAUGUCACUCUAUCCAUCUCUAGAAGACAUGAAGGUGGAUAAAUUCAUACAGGCACACAACACUCCAACUGCGAGUCCAUCAAAAGCUUUACCUCUCCCCGAACCUUCCAGUGACCAGAAUGAACCCAGUACCUACUAUGAUUCAAAAGCUGAACAAACAGGUACCAGUAGCAGGUUGUACCCUGAGCUGAAUGAGUUUAUGGGUCUAAACCUCAGUUCAGAUGCCCUACAAACAUUUUCCUCGUCAAUCGCCGACCAGACUGCUGGGGCUCUCAGCGUGUGUACCUCUGGAAUGAGCUGGGCAGCAGCACCUAUAACAGGAAGUGACCUGGGAGUGAAAAGAGCGGAGAUUCGGCAGGGUGUACGGGAGGUGGUGCUGUGCAAAGACAUGGAUGGAAAAAUUGGCCUCCGCCUCAAAGCCAUAGAUAAUGGUGUGUUUGUGCAGUUAGUGCAGGCCAACACAGCUGCAGCUCUGGCAGGACUGCGCUUUGGUGAUCAGAUUCUGGAGAUCAAUGGCAAAUCAUGUGCAGGCUGGAAUAGCGAUUAUGCACACAAGGUGCUCAAGAACUCCAAUCCAGAGAGAAUUACUUUGGCUGUGCGAGACAGACCACUGGAGCGAACUGUUACCCUUCACAAGGACAUGAACGGGCAGCUUGGCUUUAUUUUUAGAAAAGGUCGGAUCACCUCAAUAGUAAAGGACAGCUCAUCUGCACGCAACGGCCUGCUUACUGAUCAUCAAAUCUGUGAGAUCAAUGGUCAGAACAUCAUUGGACUAAAGGACACGCAAAUCAUGGACAUUCUUAAUUCUAGCGGGGGCGUUGUCACGAUAACCGUAAUGCCAGUGGUCAUCUUUGAACACAUGAUGAAAAGGAUGUCCAGUAGUAUUGUAAAGUCACUCAUGGAUCAUUCUAUUCCUGAGGUGUGAGUUGGUUUGGGUCAAACUGUACAGCUUAGGAUGAUUUGGCCACAGCUUUGACAGCUUACAUUUGGUCUGUGGUACAAGUUCAGCUAACAUUGUGAGAAUUUAUACAUGUAUGUUUUAGAGAUUAUUGACAUGCAAAGACAAAACAGAGUAAGGAGAAUCAUAG